CACAAGACUCUCUCUCACAACACAACAGGACAGAGACAUAAUCUUAGGCUUCAAAACGUUCAAAUCUUACAAGAUUUAAUUUCAGUCAUAUGUUAAAGAAAAUUAAAAACUUCUACUCAGCUGAUGAUGGAUUUGAAAUUGUGGCUCUCAAUUCUGAUGGUUUGUGAGAUGGCUGAAUCUAUAGGCUCAGGCAAGAGCUGGCUCAUAUCUGUACCAUCAAAAAUCCCUGUUCUUGAAAGCUCAUGUGUGGUCAUUCCCUGUGAGUACGAUUACCCCACGAAAGGUAACCUGUGGAAAAAGUGGCGGGGAUAUUGGACAAGAGGUGACGAGACUGUUGCAUCAAAUAACCCCAAGUUCAAACUAAAGCAGGAGUUCAAAGGGCGAUCCAGAAUUACAGGAACCAUUGAAAGUAACGACUGCACCUGGCAGCUGGAUGACGUCAGAGAAACCGACACUGGUCCGUUUCACUUGACUAUUGAAAUUCCAAGACAUUCAAAGUUCAUCUUUUCAAAAGAUCCAGUGACCCUUGAUGUCUUCCGAGUUCCUGAGCCUCCCAUCAUGUCUGUUGCAGUCCUUAAAAAAGUGACUGCCACCUGCAAAGUUACACAUGCCUGUCCAUCAUCUCCUCCCAAAAUCUUCUGGAGCCACGGAGGAAUUUUGAAAACAAAGUCAAAAAAGAUGAAUAAAUGGUUGUGGUCAACAAAGUCAACCCUCACCUUCACCCCUCAAGAAGCAAACUUCAACAAGCCUUUAAAAUGCACGGUGAAUUUCCAUGGCAAGAAGACUGCACACAGCUCAGUGCUUCUCAUCAAGUAGAGGAGCAAGUGAAACUACAUAUGCAGUAUUAGAUGGCAGCAAUAUUUUGUGCCACACACCAUAAUGACAAAGUGAUUUUCCAGAAAAGGGCAUUAG